GACCAUUUAGAUUGACAAUGGCUAUUCAAUUUAAAAUAGAACCCAAGCCAAUAUAUUUUUCUUUGAUCAAAUAAGGAGUUCUAGCCAAGCUUUUGCAAAUAAAUGCAUCCAACCUUAAUGUUUAUGUAUGCAACCAAAUCCAUAGAUACUUCAUUAGUGUGUGUGUGUGUGUGUGUGUGUGUGAGAGAGUGUGAGUGAGUGAGUGAGAAGUUAGCCUACGACACCAGAGAAUGCGCGUGCUCCUUCAAAAUAAAAGCACAUUUUUACAACGGGGAAAGUAUAGAAAUAAUACGAAGCAACGUAAUCAGCGAAAUCACAAGAUGAAUCGUGGUUAUCGUUUUACGUUACAUGUGGAAGCAAUACUUAAAGGCCCUGUACUAUAGCUAUACUAAUGUUAUGUCCGUCAAUAAUUAUUUAGCCAGCUGCUUUAACUUAGUUAGCUAACGCAAGCCAACGAACGUUAACCGGACAUCUUUCGUGUAGCGUUAGCUUCGUGCUGGCUAGCUUGACAGUAGCUAUCUUGUCGAUAAGGAAGUUUAUCAUUACGUUUCUGGACCAAAUCCCAACUUCUUAGACUUGGGGGUAUGUUCACCAUCUCAUUAACUAUUUUUUGCCGUUAUGGUAUUCCUCGUGAAGUGAGGUUACGUGAACCAAGUGCUUCAUUAGCCAUUUCUGACUAAAGUACCGUUAGCUAACGUUGUCUUGCUGCAAAGGGAGCUAACGUCUAACCUAGUGUGUGCUGUUGUGUAACAUUACACCAAAGCUAGUGGACUCAAUGCACGUUACAUCAUAUGAGGAAAUUAAAUAGCUUUUACUCGUAAAAAUACAAGUGCAAAGUGGUUAUCGAGGUAUAGUUAAUUUGACUAUAACUACGAGUGGGCUCUACAUAUAGCUAACUAGCGAAACAGGAUGUCGUGUGUGUAAAGCGACUAUAGCUUCGUCCAUUGUCCACUCACUCUCUCACGGCUAGCACUGACAUUAUCAUCACGCGAAACCUGCUCCAUGUCCCUGCUUAUGAGAACGCACAACACCGGCUGACAGACAGCUGGAGAAGCUGAAGCUCAGCAGAGACUACAAAGUAGCUGGAAACCAAUUGACUCUGUGGGGAGGAUGUCUUCACCAGUAUACUACAACCAAGACAGUAUUACUCGCUUCAAGAAAAGAAAAGCUCGCUUCUCUUUCAGUGAAGUCCACAUACUGUUGGAUGAAGUGAGGAAGCAUCGGAUGGUUGUUGUGGGCAAAUUCAAUCGUGGUGUGCAAACAGACGUGAAGAAGCGCACGUGGGCAGAGAUCACUGCACGUGUCAAUGAGAUCGGGGAGUGCCAACGGGAGGUCAUCGAGGUCAUCAAGAAAUGGUCUGAUCUGAAGUGUGACACCAAGCGGAAAGUGGCUGCCAUGCGGUCAGGGACGGUGCCCAACAGGGGCCUCAACUCUCGUCUCUCUCGAGACCUUAAUCAGACUGAGAAAAUAGUGCUGCAGAUUCUGGAGAUGAACCAGGAAGACCAGAGCUCGGCUGACUUUGGCCCGCUGGGAGAUGAUGACGAUGUGCCAGAUGAGGAAGAAGAAAUGGAUGAGGAGGAUAUGAUUGGAAUGCAGAGUUCUCCUAAUGGUGCGUUGGACGUGGCUAUGCCCCCAGCAACUUCCUACAGCACAAGGGACACUUCACAAUCUGCCUUUGAUGUGCAGUACGAGGUACCUGCAACAGAAGAUGCUGAAGCUGCAUUCGGAGACUCGGACGAUGACCAAAGGGAUGACGCGCCUCCUUCCACCCGGACUGCAAAACCAACAGAAGAUCACCAAGGGAACAACGGCAUCCAGAAACAAGGACAGCCACAGACGUCCUCUGCACCGUCGACAGCCGCGCUUCCAACGCCGGGUCAGCCCUCGCAGAGCACUAGGGACAGCGUUCUACACAGUGCAUCGUUGAGCCUUCAAGAACAGCACGCCACCAACAUCCUGUUGGAGACGGUUUCACGCUCCCUAGAGCUUCUGUCUGAGUCGGUGCAGCAGCUGGCGGAGACCCAGCAGGAGUUUGUGCGUGAGUCGCUGCAGCUCCAGCGGGAGACGGUGCAGGUUCUCAGAGACUUCACGGGCGGAGCCAUCGCACUCAUGCACGACAAACUGAACGGGCGGCCGGCGUUAUAGCGCCAGACGGAGAUGCCCAGUUGUACCACUGACUGCAUACAUGGCCUUCAGGUGCAGGAACCUUUAACUUCCGUCAGACUCCACCGCUGGUUACUGUACUUUUUGAUAGGAACCAACAGAUUUUCUGUUGUUCUAUUUUAAAACUGUAUUCGUAGAAACGUUGCAUCGAUGGAUUUACUGCCUGUGAGGUUACAGGAAAAUGGGUUGAGAAAGUUAUGUUAGCCAUGAGGAAAGGACAUGUGGAGGUUUUGCUGUUUUUUGCUACUGAAAGUGAGUCUCCUACCACUUACGCUGUAGUUUUUUGGGUUUUUUUUAAAUUAAGCAUACACCACAUUUAUAGCCUUUCCAUUCGUUUAACGUUGACAUGCAAAGACUGGACCUUUGAUUUUGAAAAAGUCCGGUCAAAUCCGUUGGUAUGUCCUGGUAUGAGUUGUAGUUGCAUCAGUGUCUGGAGAUUAUCACAUGUACUGUAAUGGUGAGUGGAUUUCUGCACCUGGCCAUUAUAUGGUCUAUUUGUCUGAAAGCUAAACAAGGUAAUAUGAUAUUUUUUAAAAUACCUGUAACUGAAUAAGUUUUUUUUUUUUUUUUUUUUUUUUUUUACAUUGCAAACAUGAACACUUGAAUAUGAACGUUUGAAUAAUUUCUUUUGAAUAUGAAAUAAACCCCUCAUGUAUUUAAACAGAA